UCAAUGUUUAAGGGUGAAUGGACAAUGGAAUGAAUCCCUUCAAUUACAUAUCCCUUCGCUAGUUGUAUAUCUAUUUGGAAGUACUCCAACAGUUAAUGAGAAUUAUUAUUUCAGCGUAUCCCUCGCCAUUCUCUGACCCAGAAAGUUUUGCUUGUUACGUUUCGUCUGACCGUCUCACCCGUUCACGUUAGAUCCAUGCCGAAGAGCAUACCGCGUAACUAAUUCGAACACGCGACUAUUGGACGGCUGUCAACGCACUCUAGUCUAAACAUUUCGUAUAUUGUUUCCUGCUCCCUAUUGUUUUACCUAAGCAUAAAUGAAAAACUGCUUGGUAUGCUGAAUAUGGGAAACGCUACGCACACCGAGAAGAAAUUGUCGUUAAGUAAUCUCUGGAACCGACAACGUGGUCAUGACUAUGUGCCUGUUGAUGGCGCCGAAGAAAAUGAAUAUGCCACCGCGUCAGGCACAGAGCCUGCGGGAAGUGUAGCACAACAUGCUUCAAAAAGGCGACGUUGCCAAUGUUCUCCUACAUCCAACAGUAUAUGGGGUUUGACGAUACUUGCGUCUAUCAUGCUCAUCUACUUGCUGGUAUCUACAGCUAGGAGCUUAUGGGGCAUAGAAGACGACCCCGACAAAAUCUUUGGUAACUGGGGAGAGCCAGGCACAGGGACUGAAGGUUUAGCUUGGUAUCCCACAGAUUUCCUCCGAGACGUCUUACCGAUUCAGUGUCAUUCACAUAAUGACUACUGGCGUAAGGUGCCUCUUUUCUCAGCCUUACACGCCGGCUGUGUUGGAGUCGAAGCGGAUGUUUGGCUUUUCGACGACGAUCCGCAACUCUACGUUGGACAUGAUACUGCCGCCUUGACCCCCAACCGAACGUUUCAGUCCCUUUACGUGAAUCCCCUGGUAGACUUACUUAAUCGGACGAACCCGCAUACAAAAUUUUACAAUGACACGCGCCGCGGCGUCUUCGAUUACGACCCAGAACAGACGGUCAUACUCCUAGUCGAUUUCAAGACUGAUGGAGCCGAGAUUUGGCCUCAUGUUCUCACCCAACUAGAACCAUUGAGGUCCAGGGGUUGGUUGACUCAUUUCAAAGAUGGAGUCGUCAAUCAGCGGCAGAUAACUGUUGUGGGAACAGGAAACACACCAUUCGAUCUAGUAGUGAAGAACUCAACAUAUAGAGACGUGUUCUUCGAUGCACCACUUGCUGAUAUGUGGGAAGAUCCCGAUGCCCCAGACUCGGAGUCUACGAAAGAAGACACCACAUACAACGAGACAAACUCAUUAUAUGCCAGCACAAGUUUUGGCGAGACUGUGGGACAUGUCAUUACCGGUUUCAGCAAUGAUCAGCUCCGCACGCUUCGCGGUCAGAUUAAAGGUGCGCAUCGAAGAGGACUCAAAGUGCGGUAUUGGGACACGCCUGGUUGGCCGAUUGGUAUUCGCAACAACGUCUGGCACACCUUGAUGAAAGAGGGUGCGGAUAUUUUGAACGUGGAUGAUUUGAGGAGUGCUUCUAGAAAGGAAUGGUAGAUUGCAUUCGAUAGACUGUACAUACUAGGUAUAUAUAUGUAUAUUCUACAUAUCAUAGGAAUCCUCGUAUGAUUUCUCCUAUCCAUUGACUCGGAACUGUCAUAGAGCUCCAACU